ACAGAGGUUUGCAAAAUGAAUGGAGAUCCUUUUCAGGAGACUAUGUACAUUGAAGAAAACACAUAUAAAAAUGAUAUGAUCUCUUUGAUUUUCUCGCUGAAAGAAAAGGUUGGGGCGUUGGCUAAAGUUCUGCGCAUAUUUGAGGAAAAAAGUAUAAACCUGAUCCAUAUUGAGUCCAGACCUUCCCGAGUCAACAAAGAUGAGUAUGAAUUCUUCAUAAACCUGGAUAGGAGGAAUACUCCUCUUCUCAUGGAUAUCAUCAAGACUUUGAGAAACGAAAUUGGAGUGACUGUUCAUGAGCUUUCACGUAAAAAGAAGAAAGAUGCUGUGCCGUGGUUCCCGAGAACUAUCCAGGAGCUUGACAGAUUUGCCAAUCAGAUCCUAAGCUAUGGAGCUGAACUGGAUGCAGACCACCCUGGUUUCAAAGAUCCUGUUUACCGGGCCCGCAGAAAGGAGUUUGCUGACAUCGCCUACAACUACAGACACGGGCAGCCUAUUCCUAAAGUGACUUACACAGAGGAAGAAAAGAAAACGUGGGGCACAGUCUUCAGGGAGCUGAAGACUCUCUAUCCAACUCAUGCUUGCUAUGAACACAACCACGUGUUCCCACUACUGGAAAAAUACUGUGGCUACCAGGAGGAUAAUAUUCCACAACUUGAAGAUGUUUCAAAAUUCUUGCAAACCUGCACCGGAUUCCGCUUACGCCCUGUCGCUGGCCUGCUGUCUUCUCGGGAUUUCCUGGCUGGUUUGGCAUUCAGAGUGUUUCACUCUACACAGUACAUCCGCCAUGGAUCUAAACCAAUGUACACACCAGAACCUGAUGUUUGCCAUGAGCUCCUAGGACAUGUACCUCUGUUUGCUGACAUUAGCUUUGCUCAAUUUUCCCAGGAAAUUGGACUUGCAUCCUUGGGAGCGCCAGAUGAAUAUAUUGAGAAACUUGCUACGGUCUAUUGGUUUACGGUGGAAUUUGGACUCUGUAAAGAAGGUGAUGCAAUAAAGGCCUAUGGUGCUGGGCUGCUGUCUUCAUUUGGCGAGUUGCAGUACUGUUUAUCAGAUAAGCCUGAAAUUCAAUCCCUUAACCUGGAGAAGACUGCAGUCCAGAAAUACCCCGUCACUGAGUUCCAGCCUGUUUACUAUGUUGCUGAAAGUUUUAAAAAUGCAAAGGAAAAAGUAAGGAGAUUUGCUUCAACAAUCCCUCGACCUUUCUCCGUUCGCUACAAUCCGUACACCCAGAGAAUUGAAGUCUUGGACAACGCAAAGCAGUUGAAGAAUUUAGCUGAGUCCAUCAGCAGUGAGAUGGGAACUCUUUGCAGUGCCCUCAAGAAGAUAGAAUGA